AUGAGUGGUUUUAUCAGUGCUAACACAUUGCUCUUCUUUGCUUUGAUCUGUGACCUAAAUAGCAUUCUGGGUGAACCAACGCCCAAACCCCAAUUGGAUUUACCUCCUUUGCCACCUAGUUCCAGUACAGCUCCUCCUGUCCCUCCUCCAGAACAGCCCACAGUGCUACCCAACAGUUACGCAGGGGAACCCGACGAGGAACCCAGAUCCUCAAGGGACUACGACAGCGAUCGCAGUCAGAGAUAUGGUCCACCUUACGAGAAUGAUGAUGCUUACUACCGCGAUCGCGAUAGAUACAAUGAUCGGCCUUAUAACUACGAUGAUCGUACAAAGUACAGCAAUGAUGAUGAUCGCUACUACCGCGAUCGCAACCAGUACGAUGGGUAUCCUGGAUCAGGCCCCUAUAACAACGACGAUGAUCGUUACUAUGCCAACCGAGGCAGAAAUCCAGGAUCAAAUCCCUACAGCAAUGACGAUGAUCGCUACUACAAAUCCAAUCCCUACAACGACGAUCGCUACCGGGAUGAUCGCUACCGAGAUGACCGGUACAGGGAUGAUCGUUACAGGGACGACCGCUACAGGUACGAUGAUCAAGAUCGGAGAUAUCAGCAGAGGAGUGAAGAAUUAGCCAGGUACCUGGCUGAAGUGGACCAGAAGAGUUCAGAGGAGUGUUUCCUCAAUGUGGCUGCUCAGUGGAACUUCGAGACGAACGUCAAUGAGGCGACGCAAUUGGAGGCACUGACUGCCCAACAGCGGUACUCAGAAUUUCAAAGAGUUGUCUGGGAUAGGAUGAAGUUUGUGGAUAGGACUGGGGUCUUUGAUGAUCGGUUGCUGAGGCAGGUUAAUCUUAUGAGUAUCAUUGGAGCUAGUGCUCUUCCUCCUGAUCAACUUGACCGAUACAACCGCUUGAUCAACGAUAUGCUGGUAAUUUACAACGGGGCAUCAAUUUGCGCUUAUGAGCAGCCGUUUCAGUGUGGCCUGCGUCUCCAGCCGCAUCUGAAAGAACUCAUGGCCAAGAGCAGAGACUGGGAUGAACUCACAUGGACCUGGAUUGAGUGGAGACGGAAAUCAGGGAGGAUCAUGAGAGAACUCUUUGAGCAAAUGGUUGACCUUACAAAUGAAGCUGCCAGAUACAAUAAUUUCACGAAUGGUGAGGAGUACUGGAGCUUCCCCUUUGAAUCUCUGUCUUUCCGCGAUGAGAUGGAACGGGUCUGGAAUGAGGUUCUUCCCCUCUACGAAAUGAUUCACACCUAUACAAGGAGGAAGUUGAGGGAGUUUUACGGACCAGACAAGAUCAACAGAAAUGCUCCAAUCCCUGAUCACAUUCUAGGGAACAUGUACGGACAGAGUUGGUCUAAUAUCCUGGAUAUUAUCAUCCCCUACCCAGGAAGGAGUUUCCUAGAAGUUACCCCAGCAAUGAAUGCUCAAGGAUAUACCCCGCUGGUAAUGUUCCAGCUCGCUGAAGAGUUCUUUGUGUCUCUCAACAUGACUCCUCUUCCUCCACAAUUCUGGAUUAAUUCUUUGCUGGAGGAACCGCCAGAUAGGCCAGUUCUUUGUCAGCCUUCAGCAUGGGACUUUUGCAAUGGUCAGGACUAUAGGAUAAAGAUGUGCACUACUGUCACACAUAAGGAUCUAAUCACAGCCCAUCACGAAAUGGCUCAUAUCCAAUAUUUCUAUAACUACCGGAACAUGCCCAAAGUCUUCAGGGAUGGAGCAAAUCCAGGUUUCCACGAGGCAGUGGGAGAUGCAAUUGGACUGUCUGUGUCCACACCACGUCACCUGCAAACACUGGGUCUGGUGCAUAAAUCCGUCGAUGAUACGGCGCAUGAUAUCAACUUCCUCUUUGCCCUGGCCAUGGACAAGGUAGUCUUCUUGCCCUUCGCCUUGGCCCUCGAGGCCUGGCGCUUCGACAUCUUCAGCAAGAAGAUCAACAAGGAGCAGUACAACUGCCACUGGUGGCUGCUCAGAGAGAGAUACGGUGGAAUCAAGCCCCCAGUCCUGAGAUCGGAGCUUGAUUUUGAUCCAGGAUCCAAGUACCACGUCCCAGCCAAUAUACCCUACUCCAGAUAUUUCGUGGGAAUUAUCUUGCAGUUCCAGCUGCAUCGGGCCAUGUGCCUCGCCUCGCGACAAUUUGACCCCAGUGAUCCCGAGAAACCUCUACACAAAUGCGAUAUCUAUCGCCAUCCAGAGGCGGGAAACCUCCUUAAAGAUUUGAUGUCCAAGGGAGCCUCUCAGCCGUGGCGGGAAGUCCUUCAGGAGACAAUUGGCGAAGGACGCCUCGAUGGAUCGGCUCUGAGGGAAUUCUUCAAGCCGUUGGAAGAGUGGUUGAGGCAGGAGAAUUUGAGAAAUCAGGAAUUUGUGGGAUGGAUGUACGAUGGUGAUUACUGCAAACACAGCAUCGAAACAGCCAAUCUUCAGGUGAUUGGAGGCUUCUACAAUUCCGCAACUAAUCUCAAAAUCUCCCUCUUGGGGAUCAUUUUGACGCCACUCGUGGGAAUCCUUGGCAUUCAGCUACUUUUAACCAUUUGAAGUUGUGCCAAAGAUUGUU